UUUUUACAAAUAUCUUGAUGUUCCAAUAAUGUUCCAGCAAGAAGGAAGAAUCAGUGGAAAAUCAAGUAGUGCAUGGUUAAAUGAUGAAGAUUAAAAUAUUCUUCAGACAUUUUUAUUGCUCAACUGUGAAGUAUUUGAACCAUAUGAGAGGAUGUUUGAAGAUUAUAUGAUGGAUAACCACCCAAACAUAACUUCUAACGAUAUGACAAGAGGAAAAGAUGAAAAAUUUGCAAUGUGGUGUAAAGAUUACAUUAACAAUGCUAGCAAAUCAUUUGAAUUUCCAUUGUGGAUGUUGGAAUUUGUACAAGGUCCAAAGCACCAAAUCACGUCAUGGCCUAUGUAUUAUUCGAGAGGAUAUCAUUACCACACACAAAGCCAUGGACAAAAUAAGAAGACAAUGAAUUUUGGUGUUUGUGUUCCUGGAACUACUGAGACCGAGUAUUUUGGACUUAUCGAAGAAAUAUUCAUGAUAGAGUAUCAUGGUGCCGUUGGGUUAAAAGCCAUGAUUUUUAAAUGUCAUUGGUUCAACAUCGAUCAAAGAAUACAAAGACAUCCAUCUGGCAAUGUUGAUGUUUGCCCACAAAUGCAUUAUGACAAGUACGAUCCUUUUAUAUUACCAGAACAAUGUGAUCAAGUAUGUUAUGUUCCUUAUCCUCGUCUACGAUCAAGAAGAGAAGAAUGGUGGACAACAAUAAAAGUUAUGCCGAGAGGAUUUUUUGAAACUAAAGAAGUUUCUCAAAAUGCAAUACAAAACAAUAUUGUUGAUCAUGUGAUAUCAUCCACUAAUAUUGUGCGAGUCGAAGCACAUGCAGUCCAAGAUGAUUCAAAUUACGAACCGAUGCCAAUGAUUAAUCCAGAAGAUGAAUAUUUAUCUGAAAAUGAUUUUAUCGAUCAGUAUGACGAAUAUUCUUAUUCAGAUUCGCAUUCGGACUAAUAAUAUUGUAUGAAUAAAUGGUUAAAAAAAUAAUGUAUGUGUUAUAAAACAAAUAAGAAGAUAAAUAAUAAUUUGUAAUGUAUUUAACUUAAUUCCUUUGUUUUAAUAUUGUUUUUAAUUUAUCUUUGAAUGCUAAACUUUAUCAAAAUUCCUAUUUAAUUAUUAAUAGUAUUAUUGUAAAAUACUAACCACAAAAUUCUUAAGUGGCGGGAGUAAUUUCCCGUGUAUAUAACUCCCGUAGAAACAAAUAGCGACAAGUAGAUUGGUAACAAUCUAAAAAUUAGAAAGUAAUCACGAAAUUUUUCACUUCCCGGGUUGUUUUCCCGGCUAAACCAAUAUCAGCCACUUGAUUUAUUAAUUGAAAAAAAGGAAGCUAAUCUACUUGUUUGCUCCGCCUACAAAUAUUACGUAUCUAUCUUGUCCUCUUCUCACAGUCAAUCUCUAUCCUUUCUCACAGUCAAUUUAAAAAAAAAAAAAAAAAACUAACCCUCAGUAUCCUUUCUCUCUUCCUUACGUUCCUCUGUUUAAGGUCAGAAAUCUCUUAUUUGUUUCCCUUUUAGAUUCGUAUAUUGAAAUCUGAGGGGUCAAUCUUCUGGGUUUUUAAUUUUCAUGUUCUGUUUCGUUUUAGGGUUGGGGUCAAUGUACAACCCAUAUUUGUAAUGUUCAAGUAUUUGUAAUGUUUUUUUUGUUCUUUUGCAGAUGAAUAUCCUACGUGGUUCUUCUUCAGGGCCAGCUAAGAGGAGCCGUCAAACUUGUCUUCCUCCUGGAUUGAACAGGCCUGCUACGUCCGCUUCUCUUCCUCCUGGAUCGACCAGGCCGGCUUCGUCUGCGUCUCGACAUCCACUUCCAAGCUUAGCUGCUGUGAUGAGUGCACCAGAGAGACGUAACAUGCCUCUUCUCCAUCCACAAAGGCCCAAUGGAACUUUAUGGUUUGGGAUAGACGAUUGCAUCCGGAAAGAUGUAGUGUCAACAUAUCAGUCAAACUUUUGGGGACCAUGGUGGACCUACAGAAUGGUGCCAGAUGAGAAGAAGGUCGCUUGGUGGACUAGUUUUCUGCAACAAUACUAUUGGGAUCCUAAGCAUCACAGUCAAGUUCGUUUUCAGUGGGAACAAAUUCUGAAAAGCUCAAUCAGAGACCUUGCUUAGGAGGAGAUCAGAAGAAAAAAAGAAGCCAGAUUUUAUUGGCCUAGCAGAUUGGAACUUGAUGCUAGAGACUUGGCAGGAGGAGCCACACCAAAAGAGGAGCAAAACGAAUUCUGAGAAUGCUUCCUCAAACCCAGAUGGUUUAGGCACUCACCGUCAUACUUCAGGAUCAAAAAACCACAAGCGUUAUGCUUAUGACUUGACUGUUAAGGCUGGUGGAGUAGCACCUCCAGUCACUGAAGUAGUGCGUAUGACCCAUACUCGCAAGGAUGGCACUUUCAUUGACAAAAGAGCAGAAGGUUUUGUGAAGGCUGCCGAGGCUCUUGCAUUGGAGCGAUCACAAGGUUCCUGUCUGACUGAUGAAACCCCAUCAGCACCCUCUACCCAGCAGCUCAACGCUGCUUACAUUGAAGUGGCAACCAAUGGCAAAGGGCGAGUUUAUGGGCUUGGUUCGAUUCAGGAUAUUGAUGAUGAACCAAGUGAGACUGCACCAGCAUCUUUAUUUACACAUGUGGCAGUUGAUGGACGCUUGACCACCAUGGAGGGUGUUGUAACUUGCUUGAAGGAUGAUGUUUCUGGCUUGAAGGAGGAUGUAAUUGGUAUUAAGCGAGGCAUUGAGGUUCUGAUGAAGAUGAAUGGAGUGGACCCUGUUACCUUUGAACCUAUUCAGCUUGAGAGCGAUGCAUCUGUUCGAACUCCCCAAUCAAGCCAAGAACUUGACCAAAAUUCUCCCGUACAUUAACUCUGAUCUUGGUGUCUUUUGUGUUUAUACUAAGUUAAGCUCUAACAUCACUAGAUGUCUUUUGUAAAAACAUCACUAGAUGUCUUUUGUAACUUCUGAAGAACAUCAUUAGAUGUCUUUUGUAAAAAAAAUUUAUAAUUUUAAUGGUAUUUGAAUGUUUAAAUUAAUUAUUA